AUGUUUGGAAAACGUGUUCGCUUUGCUACUUCAGUAUAUUCGGAUGAUCAGGACUCGGUCACCAGUGCUACUUCUUACAGCAGCUAUGACAAUUCCUCUGACUCCUACAGACCCUCGUGCAGCAACUCUCCGGAGAUAGCAAAACACAAAUUCGAAGGGCCACUCGCCUGGUGGAGUGGAUACACACCGUUAGACUCAUGGAUUCCGCCCAUGCCUUCCCAGAUACCGAGGUUUAAGGGACUGAUCGGAGUGGAACCUUAUAUAAGGUUCAAACAAUAUAAAUUGGCUGACGAGGUACGGUUAAGCCAAGAGUGGACAAACGAUCCCAUCGCAAACAGGGACAUAAGAUACGACAUGUGCUUCUUAGGAGAAUUUGAUGAAGUUACAAGCAUGCUAGCAGGUUUGUCACAUCCCGUCACAUCCUGGAUAUAUUCUAACAUGAUUUUGGAAGAUAUCCAUGUCCUUGACAUGCUUCAUGGUCCUGCCGUUACUCGAACGGCCGGUCCACGAUCCCAAGGACUCACGAACUUGGACCAGUCGCCUCUCGGUUACAUACAGGAGAAUGGCGGUUCCAUGGAUCGAUCCAUGUGCGAUGAUGAGCGGCCGGAUAAAUCUUGGAUGGAACUAAUCGGCGGCAUAGCUGCGGAUGACAUUGCCAGAUCACCGACAAUGGACCCUUAUGACUGCGGUUGGGAGAUAAAUUUGGCUGCCGAAUAUAUCGCUCUGGGCUUGUUCUCAGCAGAGCAAGUAGAUCCGUACGACUGCGGAUGGGAGGAUCACAUGGACGUCGAAACGUCGGGAGUGAAGGACUUUCCCCGAGACUUUGGACGGGAGGAUGAUUCGAAGAAGGACGGUCCGGCAACGGGUCUGCCGAUGGGUGAGGAAGAAGAUGCCUACGACUGCGGAUGGGAGGAUGCUAUGGAGAUCCAACCCGCAGCCUCAUCGAUGACUCUCGGCGACGAAGAAGAUCCAUACGACUGUGGAUGGGGGGAUCAGCAAAAUGAUACCACAGUGCCCAUAUCCAGUGCUGCAACGGAGGACCUGUAUGAUUGCGGAUGGGAGGACAAAGAGGAUGCCAACCGUGUGUCCAAGGUCGUGAAUCUCGAGGACCCUUAUGACUGCGGAUGGGGAAAUGAUGAUACCGACAACCUGGAUGUUGUAUCCAGGAAUGACCCUUCAAGCAAACAAUUGGGUCGCCAGAUGGAUAGUCCGACACCGAUGUACGGGCUCGAUAUAAUCGACCUAACAUCGUCAUCUGCAUCUCAUAGAUCAGAAAGCAAUAAAAGAUACCAGCCGAUGACUAUAGAGAUACCGGAAAUCAUCGACCUGACAUCGGACACUGGAUCUUGCGCAGCGUCUUCACAUACGGCGUCCCAACUCAACACUUUUCAGGAGGCUGGUCUGUCAAUGCAUCGUGCCAUCCAGCGACUGAACAGCAUCGGAACUCAUCAGCGGAAUGAGGAUGCACAGAAUAUGGUCACGGAUAAUCCCUCUGGCACACCAAACCAAUUUCCGGCAGGCGCGUUGAGGGCGAACCGGAGGCUCAUUGUUGCAUAUGGAGAAGCACGGGACAGAGUGACGGAGCUUGGUGAGGAUGUUGUUGCAAUCUACCGAUUGCUGGACAUCCACAGGCGCAUUAUGGAUCCGUUGGAUGCUAUGAUAACACACCUUCAGCAAGGUGAUGAGUAG